AUGCCUCCCUGGGGGCUGGCUAAAAAGCCUGUGAAGUUGUUCUUGAACUUUUCGUUUGGACAGUUUCUUUCUCAGCCACUAGAGGAUGACCAAAUAUUAAUAACGUCGAAUGGGAUUGGGUGUAAAGAUAUUUACUUCAACAUUGAUAAAUUAAAUGCUUUACUGUCCGAAAGUGGAAUCCCUCUGGUUGUCUGUGUGGCUUACAUCUCUGAAGUAGUUAUAUGUCUCCCAUGGAGUGUUGAAAUCAAUGGAUCGACUUUGUCGUUCAGGCAACUUCAGAAGUCUGCUCACCAUCUGGGACAGAUGAACUUUUAA